CUCGCAUCCUCAUGCAUCCAGCGCGCUGCGAGCUUGGUGGCGCCGCUGUCCGACGUUUAUUGUCUCUGAAUUCAGCGAGCCACUUGGCAAUCUAGGCAAGGACGUGUUUGAUACGACAGCGCCGACCACGCCCGCAGCCUAGCAUCCACGAUCAGCUGCUCGCCAUUGCGCCCGUCCUCUGGAAUCAAAACACUGGUGUGUGCGAGGAUCGCAUACAGGCAUCUCAGUUCCGUUAAAGGGCUAUAUUUGAACCCAUUCGGAAUGCAUCCUGAUGAUCGAGGAAGCAUGCGCGCGACGUGACUGCCUCUGAGAAGACGCCUCCGAAUCAUUUACGCAGGUGCCGCUUGCCCUCACAACCAUAUGCCGCCCUCCUCCAGCUUCAUCCCUGCGUCCAUGGCCUCUGCGAUAGAGCCCAUUGUGGUCUAUCGCCCGAGCUCCUCCACCCUUCGCCUCCCCGCUCUUCCCCUCGAUUCCAGGCCGCCCGAGCCAAAGAAGCAGCCUCCUCGCGAGGACAAGUUUAUCAUGUCGAACGGCUGCAAGUUGCACAGCUAUGGCAGAGACAAGGCCCCGUAUCCGAUGUCGUACAACCGAGAAGACCUCGAGCUUGGCGUCAUGGACUGCCAGGUUGUGAAACAUGUCAAGGAAGGGUCGUGUUCUUUCCUUGAUUUUAAAAAGGAUGACCAGCCCAAACGCUGUCUCGACGUGGGCACUGGUCUAGGCGCUUGGGUGAUUGACGCUGCAAAGCAAUGGCCGGAGUGCACGUUUGUCGGGUAUGAUCUGGUGAACGUCCAGAUACCACUCAGCGUGCUGCCACCAUCCAUUGCAGAACGUAUCACAUGGGUGCACGGAAAUUUCUUGAGAACACGAUUUCCAUUUGAGGACGAAGAGUUUGAUCAUGUACAUCUGUCAGGGGUGGCGUUUGCGGUCCCUGAGAACAAGUGGAUGUCCAUGUACGAGGAAAUUCGCAGAGUGAUGCGAACCGGCGGCACGAUAGAACAAUUGGAGGAGGAUGCUAUCUUCCCGGUUUUACCGCGUUGGUUUACCGAGCCUCUACAUGCACAUUCACGAGGACCGUAUAUGCAUCGUCCUGAUGGCACUCAGCAGUCUUCGCCGCCGUCACCCGCCCCUCUCGAUCACCCGCAUGAACAUGCUCUGCUGGAGUCCCUGUUUAACGAUGUUUUUGAGAAUCGGUUUAUCAACCCUACGCCUAGCUCCACAUUGCCAUCCUAUUUUUCCGCGUGCUUUGGUCAUUUGUACAUGCCACCACCUCUAACAUACCCCAUGCCGCCACUGGCGCCAUUUGCCCCUCUGCCUGCCGAGAUUACACCUCACCCACAGGCCACCGAGGCGAAUCGAAAAACCGAGGAAGCGACACCGCUACCACCCGACCUCGGAAGCGACGUCAGCCUCUCCAUUCCCACUGCUUCCACCUCCACGUUACAAUCAACCUCGAGCGGUUCAUUCGACUCGUCAGCACAAAAGAUUGGCAAUGCUUCAGAUUUGCCGUCGCCCCACCCGAGCUUCGAGCGCUCCUCCUCCGUCGCCUCUACGAAUAACUCAUCCAGCAGGACAUCCUCUGGGUCCUCCAGAGAGGUGGAGCGCGGUCCGCCGGUGCCGAGUGCGGACCUGUGCAAGGAUAGCACGUCCACGGGCGCGGCGGGCCUGCUGCCGAUCGACAAGAUCCUUGCCCUGGACGAGCAUUCGCUGAAUAUGCAAUUGCUGCGCGCGCUAGGGCUGGUGAUGUCAGCGAAGGAGGCGAUGUGGGAGGAGCUGGUGAUAAGGGUGCAGAGGAAUGACGAAAGCUUGAGGGAGUUUGGAUGGGAGGAAGGAGAUUAUCCGGUUGGGCCGAGUAGGGCAAAGUUUGAUGCCUUGAUGGAACAGUAUAGAAGCGAUGUUCGCGCUCGAGUGUCGCUUUGGCACUCGAUGGUACUGAACGGCUGGGAAUACCCACGGCGCGAUCCCAUCUCUAGAGCAGAGAUGCUCGAGGAGGAGCGCCUUCGGGAGGACAUCCUGGAGGCGCGGCGGAAUGCAAACGUCAUAGAAGAAGACUCGCAUCCUUUCAGCCGGUCGACGCGACUGCUGGUUGGAGCCAAGGUGCGAAUGGAGCUCCUUUCAUGAAAUGGAAGGCAAAACAAGUCUGAAUUGAUAUUUCUUGCUGUAUGUUAUACCCUGUACCGUACGGAUGUCUCCGCCUUGAUGAUACCCACAUACCCAUGUGCAU